AUGGCUCCCAUUGACUCUCAUCUCGCCCCGCGUGACUCGAAUGGCUGCCCGAGUACACUCUCCGGCGGCUCGAUCGCCGGAAUCGUGAUCGGCUCCAUCUUCGGUACGCUUUUUCUUAUCUGGCUCUGGCGCUUCUUGAAACUACCUUGGGGCGGUGACGACGGGUCGGAUGUCGGAUAUCGACCUCCUAUUACUCGGACCGCAGCUGGGGACGAGAGAAGGCGAAGAAGACGACGGCCAUCCAAUGUGGAUUACUAUGUGGAGAAGCCGCGGAGUAGUAGUUCACGACGAUACCGUGACGAGGUACGGCGACCGGCUAAGGUAUACUUAUCAUGA